GAACGUUUUGGUAGCAUGGGGCAAUAUUUUUUAAAAUUAUUUGACGCAUCUCUGUGCUCCCUAUUUUAGCCACUUUCAAGACCCCUGGCAACCCCGACACAACCUUGCUGCAUUUUGGGCUUCAACGUUCUAACUAUGAACUAACAAAAAUAUAAAUCAAAAUUGCACCCUUUUCUCUUUAGGACCACACAGCACACAGCCAGAUUUUUGGAACACGAGGUACAGAUUUCGUUAUUGAGCAAUCCCGGCCAACAUGGGCAACACAGCGAUUACCAAGGUCCAGAUGGAGGCCACCAAGAGUGUGCCGGCAGACCACGCCAAGUACAUGAGCGCAGGCGGCUCGCCACCGCCGGAGUGCCCCAUGCAUCAGAAGCAGGGCGAUGCUAAAUCCGCUUCGGCAGUGCCGCCACAUCCCAAGAUGCAGGCCGCCUCAGAAUGCCCGGUGCAGCACGACAACAGCGAUGUGAAUCCGCUGAACAUGAUGCCGCCAGCUAACCAGCAGCCGGCACCGGACCAGCCCUUCCCACUGCCGACCGACCGUCAGACGUCGACCAUUCCCAAGGUAACGGAAGACGGCACCGUCCAGUUCUGGCAGUAUCCCAGCCAGCAGAUGUUCUGGAACGCCAUGUUGCGCAAGGGCUGGCGUUGGAAGAAUGAGGACGUCUCGCAGAAGGAUAUGGGGGACAUCAUACGCAUUCAUAACGCCAACAACGAGCAGGCCUGGCAGGAGGUGCUCAAGUGGGAGGCGCUACACGCCAAGGAGUGCGGUAAUCCACGGCUGAAGAGCUUCGGUGGCAAAGCCAAGGACUUUAGUCCGCGUGCCCGUUUCCGCAGCUGGCUAGGAUACGAGCUGCCAUUCGACAGGCACGACUGGAUCGUCGACCGGUGCGGCAAGGAUGUGCGCUAUGUGAUCGACUACUAUGACGGUGGGCUGGUGGACAAGGACUACCGCUUCGCAUUGCUAGACGUACGCCCGGCCAUGGACUCGCCCAGUAACGUUUGGGAUCGGAUGUGCGUGGCCUAUAUGCGUUGGAAAUACGAGUUGUCCGAGAAAUUUGGUGGCCAUGACAACGGCAAAGUGACCGCUGGCAGCGACUAGAAGAACCCAUAGAUAUCUGUACAAAAUCGGUUUAAGUUAUCAUCGAAUGCAACUGGAGUUGUAGUUAAAUGCGUUUAACAGUUGCAACACGUUUAGCACUGGAAGCCCCAGUUAUGCUUCUGUAUUUAAAUAAAAUUUAUUUCUCACCUCUGAAAAGCCCA